AUGUCCCUGCCCACACUGUGGCAGCUGGCCAUGCAGAGCCUGCUAGAGGACCAGGCCUUGGCCAUCUCUGCUCUGGACGUCCUUCCCUUGGAUCUCUUCUCCACGCUGUUCAGAGAGGUGGUUGCCAAGAGACGCAUGGAGGUGCUGAAGGCCAUGGUGCAGGCCUGGCCCUUUGCCUGCCUCCCCCUGGGGGCCCUGGUGGGCUCAGCUGACCUGGAGAUCUUACAAGUCACCCUGGAGGGCCUUGAGGUGCUGCUGGAGGAGGGAGCGGGGCCCAGAUGCAAACUGCAAGUGUUAGAUCUGCAGAAUAUGUCCCUGAACAUCUGGACCUCAGGGUACAUAGCAAUGUCUCAAGCCUGCUCAGCAGCCGCCCUGAGUGACAAGCCAGCAGCCAAUCACUGUACAGACCUGAGGGAGGAGCCCCCCUUCAGGAUAUUCAUGGAUGUCACCAUUAGUGAUGGCCCCUGGGAUUGUGUGCUGGCCCACUUGCUCCAGUGGGUGAAGACAAGAAGAGGCCAGGUUCAGCUGUGCUCUAAGAAGCUGCAGGUUCUGUUUGCCUCCACCUGUCAAAUACAAAGCACUCUUGGAUUGCUUCAUCUGGACUCCAUCCAGGAGCUGGUCGUGGAUGAUUUCUGGCAUCACAAAACACUGGAAAGUAUGGUUCCUUAUCUGGGCCAGAUGAAGAACCUUCGCAAGCUUUCUCUUGCUAAGAUGAAAAUGGAAUGUUGUUCUUGCGUUGUGGAGAAUUUACACAGAUACCUGUCCCGAAUCCUGCUGCAGAGAAAUCAUCAAAUUAAUGAACGAGAAGGCUUCUUCCUUCAUGAGAACCUGGAGAAGGUCUUCAGCCCCAGCACACUGAGCACCAUGUCCCUGCCCACACUGUGGCAGCUGGCCAUGCAGAGCCUGCUGGAGGACCAGGCCUUGGCCAUCUCUGCUCUGGACGUCCUUCCCUUGGAUCUCUUCUCCACGCUGUUCAGAGAGGUGGUUGCCAAGAGACGCAUGGAGGUGCUGAAGGCCAUGGUGCAGGCCUGGCCCUUUGCCUGCCUCCCCCUGGGGGCCCUGGUGGGCUCAGCUGACCUGGAGAUCUUACAAGUCACCCUGGAGGGCCUUGAGGUGCUGCUUGAGCAGGGAGCGGGGCCCAGAUGCAAACUGCAAGUGUUAGAUCUGCAGAAUAGGUCCCUGAACAUCUGGACCUCAGGGUACAUAGCAAUGUCUCAAGCCUGCUCAGCAGCAGCCCUGACUGACAAGCCAGCAGCCAAUCACUGUGCAGACCUGAGGGAGGAGCCCCCCUUCAGGAUAUUCAUGGAUGUCACCAUCAGUGAUGGCCCCAGGGAUUGUGUGCUGGCCCACUUGCUCCAGUGGGUGGAGACGAGAAGAGACCAGGUUCAGCUGUGCUCUAAGAAGCUGCAGGUUCUGUUUACAUCCACCCCUGGCUCCACCUGUCAAAUACAAAGCACUCUUGGAUUGCUUCAUCUGGACUCCAUCCAGGAGCUGGUCGUGGAUGAUUUGUGGCAUCACAAAACAUUGGAAAAUAUGGUUCCUUAUCUGGCCCAGAUGAAGAACCUUCGCCAACUUUCUUUGGCUAAGAUGAAAAUGGAAUGUUGUUCUUGCAUCUUGGAGAAUUUACUCAAAUACUUGUCUGAGAUGGUGCUGCAUAGAAAUCGCCAAAUUAAUGAAGGAGAAGGAUUCUUCUCUUAUGAGAUUCUGGAGAAGGUCUUCAGGACCCUCAAGCCUCUGACCACUCUGUCUUUGAUUUCAAGUCCACUGAAUGAAGCAGACCUGAGGUGUCUGUCCCUGUGUCCCUGCACCAGUCAGCUCAAGCACCUGCGUCUCAGGACUGUAAAUUUGGGUGACUUGUGUCCUGGGGCCCUCCGAGCUCUGCUGGAGAGAGUGUCUGGCACCCUGGAGGCCCUGGCCUUAGAGCACUGUGGGAUCACUGAGGCCCAGAUCUCUGCCAUCCUUCCCAGCCUGAGCCAGUGCUGCCAGCUGAGCUUCUUCAGCAUCUAUGGGAACCGCAUGUCCUUGGCUGCCCUGCAGAACCUGCUGAGCCACACAGCCAGGCUGAGGCAGUUACAGCGAGGGCUGUAUCCGGCCCCUGUGGAGAGCUAUGACCACGAGUGUUUGUUGUAUGGAUGCAGAGUCAACAGGGAACGAUUUGCCCAGGUUUGUGUGAACUUGGUCCAGAUCCUGAGGAACCUCCAGCCAGUCCAUAAGGUCCAGGUCUGCACUUACUCAUGCAUAGGCUGUAAGAAGAACCAGUUCUAUAGCCUGGCACCCAGUGUGAGGAACAUCUCCUGGGUGGAAGAGCAGCCCUGGGAGUCUCUCAGAGCCAGCCUUGGCCCCAGCACACUGAGCACCAUGUCCCUGCCCACACUGCGGCAGCUGGCCAUGCAGAGCCUGCUAGAGGACCAGGCCUUGGCCAUCUCUGCUCUGGACGUCCUUCCCUUGGAUCUCUUCUCCACGCUGUUCAGAGAGGUGGUUGCCAAGAGACGCAUGGAGGUGCUGAAGGCCAUGGUGCAGGCCUGGCCCUUUGCCUGCCUCCCCCUGGGGGCCCUGGUGGGCUCAGCUGACCUGGAGAUCUUACAAGUCACCCUGGAGGGCCUUGAGGUGCUGCUGGAGCAGGGAGCGGGGCCCAGAUGCAAACUGCAAGUGUUAGAUCUGCAGAAUAGGUCCCUGAACAUCUGGACCUCAGGGUACAUAGCAAUGUCUCAAGCCUGCUCAGCAGCAGCCCUGACCGACAAGCCAGCAGCCAAUCACUGUACAGACCUGAGGGAGGAGCCCCCUUUCAGGAUAUUCAUGGAUGUCACCAUUAGUGAUGGCCCCUGGGAUUAUGUGUUGGUCCACUUGCUCCAGUGGGUGGACACAAGAAGAGACCAGGUUCAGCUGUGCUCUAAGAAGCUGCAGGUUCUGUUUGCCUCCACCUGUCAAAUACAAAGCACUCUUGGAGUGCUUCAUCUGGACUCCAUCCAGGAGCUGGUUGUGGAUGAUUUAUGGCAUCACAAAACACUGGAAAGUAUGGUUCCUUAUCUGGGCCAGAUGAAGAACCUUUGCAAGCUUUCUCUUGCUACGAUGAAAAUGGAAUGUUCUUGCACCUCGGAGAAUUUACGCAAAUACUUGUCUGAGCUGCUGCAGCAGGGAAAUCCCCAAAUCAAUGAACUUAAAGGCUUAUUCCGUUAUGAAAACCUCGACGAGGUCUUCAGCCAGUGCUGCCAGCUGAGCUUCUUCAGCAUCUAUGGGAACCGCAUGUCCUUGGCUGCCCUGCAGAACCUGCUGAGCCACACAGCCAGGCUGAGGCAGUUACAGCGAGGGCUGUAUCCGGCCCCUGUGGAGAGCUAUGACCACGAAUGUUUGUUGUAUGGAUGUGAAGUCAGCAAGAGCGCCGGUGCCACAGCCAAUGCCCAGCACAAGGACGCUGACGUACCAUCAGCCGUCUGCAGCAGUGAAGAACUCCAAGGGGCUCCUCAGGCCCCUGAGGAGAGAGCAGAUGGCUACACCUGA